CAUCACCCAUGACAGAUGGACACUUUCUACUGAACUGUGAAGGAACAUAAAUAGUGUGAUUUAAUUUUAGCCCUAAUUAAAACUUAGGAUUAGCUCGUUCAUGAGUUUACUUGUAUUUUAUGAGGGUACAAAUUGGCGCGAUCAUAAAAAAAAAAAAAAAAUACAAGACUGAUUUUGACACUUGAAGUUAUAUGAACCUGUUCAUGCAGCAGUUGAUCAAACUUUGUGUAUUUAUCACAUUUUAUGACCGUGUUGGUGUUCUCAGAACGCUGCAAAUCAGUAUUUAUUUGUGUCUUGUUAAUUGUUUGGAAGGCAGGCCAUGAAAGAUCGAUGUCCUCAUGUGUAAUACCAGCACGCCCCCUAGCGGCAGCUGGUGAGACGCGGUUAAAGCUCGUACCUAGGGAAACCGUCUCUAUAGAAACCGCUUGUAGCUUAAAGCUAUGGUUAUCGAAAUCUGUUAGCAUACUGGCUGCUGCGUUUGUGUGUUUGUUAGCGUUUCAGAGCUAUCGUCAAAAUGACUUAUCGGCGACUGUAUCAGCCUAAGGUGAAAAUCGGAAACUGGGUAGAAGACCUGGUCCUAAAGGAGGAUACAAUAAAAGAAUUUCUUCACAAGAGAGAGCGGGGAGAGCUUCUUUCUCAGAAAGUGGACUUUCUCAAACAAAACAUUUUGGAGCCGGUUAAUCUCUCUGCGACAGUCAACGGACAGGUACGUUUUGGAGAUGUUGUGAUGUUGGUGAAUGUGGGAGGAAAAGACAGGGAGCACAGUGCUCUCAGCAUCAACGCCAAUGUCGACAAUGUGAUAAAGACACCCACGCCGAGCAUUAAGUUACCAUGCGGGCUCAGCGCAGGAAAAGGAAUUCAACCCUGUAUUCGCACUGCUUUUAUCAUCACCAGUGUUGAUGGCAGUCCUGAAGGAUCAACUCUGCAUUUUGACCAGAGUUUUGCUCUCAGAACAACAAGUGGCUUUGCCAAAGGACUUUACUUGACCAGUGAUAAACCGCGUUUCCUAAAGCGUGCAAAGAAGUCUGGACUCCAAGACGUUUAUCUGGAUGACACCUUAAGUGUUUUGUCAUGGUGGAAAAUAUCGCACUUUGACCCCCAGGAAAGAUUUGAAUCUGAGGGUCUGCCAGUUCCUGCUAACGAGAAGGUGCUGGUCGUCCACUGCAUGACAAAUGAAGGCCUUGCUGUUCUGAGUGAAAAGCUUCUCUGGACAGAUUACGGCAGAGAAUAUGAAGUGGUCGCUCACACAUUCCUGGACACCCAUAGAGCUGAACAAGAUGUUAAUUUCUGGAUCCUGGGUACUUGUGAUCCUGCUGGGGUUGGGCUUCUAUUCCUGAGGCACUUGCAACUAGAACACGUCCAGCAGCCCACCUAGACCCCGGGUCACUACCUCCAAUUUAAUUGUAAUGGGCACAAACAUCAUAAACAAUACCUGAAAUUUCCACAAUAAAAACGACCUUUUCUAACUGAAUCAGUGCUUUUACUUGAUACGUAAGAAGCUUCGAGGCUGGACUCUGACCAUUGUGAUAAGGUUAUAUGAUACUAUGAUACUCACAACCACAAACCAGCACUAACGCUUUGUCAUAUGGAGCCUAGGCGAAAAUUAAAGCUGGGAGACUAGAUCCAGCUUCUCCACAUCAUCUAAUCACCACGACCCCGCCGCAGCCAGCAAGGACCGGACCGCCGUGCCGCUACAGCCAAUCAUCGUUCAAGGACGCCUUCAAGAGUUCAAGCUACGUUGGGUCUGCCUGCUCAUCAGCCGCGCUUUGACCCACCUCCUCCCCAUCUCCACCUUCAUCCUGAUGGAAUUCCUCCAGAAGCACUUCCUCCAUCUCCGGGCUCCACUCCACCACCAGUUUUCGGUCCCCGGGGAAGACUAUCCCGAGCUCGCCCGAGCCGAUCUCCUGCUCGCAGUGAUCCUCGGC